UUUAACUGUAAUUUUGCCUAUUUUUGUGGUGGAAUGGCUGGAAUUUCUUGUGGGAAGUGAUUGAUUUUUGUUUUUUGAGAAGACGAUUUAGUGCUUAAUUGUAUUUUUUUUUUUUUUUUUGAAGCUGUGCUUAAUUGUAAUUUAGUAGUGAAUCUAUCAAACUUGUUUGAUUGUAUGUUAGAAUUGUAAAACGUAAUUUUUUUUCGCGAAUAAGCUUUAAAAGGGUGUUGUUGGAAGUGCAAUCUUAGACUCCAGAGAUUGGUUUGCUGCAAGUUUUCUUAUGGAAUGUAUUGCGUCUGUUACAUUAUCUAAUCACUCCUUGCUACAUUUUCAGAUGGCUUGUCGACGAAUGUUAACUAAACAAGGCAACCUUUUCCAAAGAUGUUAUCACCCGUCAUUGAGCCACAUUGUUCCUCGCGGUAAUAAAAGUGAUGAGAACUCCCGAUCACCAUAUCCAAGCGCACUCAGUCAACUUGGAUGUGGAAUUAGUAAUAAUGUUUUGUCACACAUUCAUAAUGGAGGCAACAUUGGUGGUAAUGGGGGUUUUAGAGCGCAUUUUGGAUGGAAUAAAUGGUUCCCUGCUGUCAUAUUACCUGAUAGUGUUGUACCGUUGUUAUCUAGAAAGAUUUCAAGCGUAGCUGGUGAAGGAUUUGAUAAUGCUCAACAUCCUCAACAUCAUGGUGACAACAAUAUUAGCAUUUUAACUAGUGAAAAUGUUGAAGUAGUGUCCUCACAAGUUCCUGCCAUUAAUGAGGUAGCUAUCGCAGCUGCUGAUUCUGCCUUCCCAGUUGCUGCACUGCAGUACUUGAUUGAUGCUGUGCAGACAUUGACUGGAUUGAAUUGUGCAACACGCUGAGAAGCUUGAAAGGACAUCCGUCAGCAGGUGACUUUAAGAGAUACUCAAGGGACUUUGUUAUUCUUGUAGUGCCCCUUACAAUGGAUUUUUCUAAGGCAUUCUUCUGUUAUUUGAUAACCUCCAGGCUGUUUGCAUUGUCAUGUGGAGCAGGUGAGUCUUUGACCCUUUAACUUGUUAAAUCUAGUAUAAUAAUCCUAUACAUAAUUGAAUGAUGGCUUUUAAGCAAGCAUCUCUGCCCAUUAUUAUCUACUAUUGCUUCAUAGCUUUUUAUCAGUCUUUUUGCCACAAAUCUCAGCCAUCCACAAUCCAUGAACACCCGAUAAGUUGAGCCAGAGUACAAAACUAGUAUUCUUACCUUCUAGAUGGAAUUACCACCGAAAUGGCCACAAUUUGGUUUUGUGUUUGAAGUCCAAUCUGCCUGAAAAUCUUGCUCCUAGUAUUAUAUAUGUUUAUUUGAAUUAUCUUUCCUAUCAAUUAGGGAAACAAAUAGAAAUAAGAGUUACUGAAGUUUGUUCCUCGUAUGCAUUUUGUACGUGGAUUCUAUUCGCUGAAGGCUCACAGCAGCAUCAUUAGAACCUUGUUCUGGUGUCCACUUUAGCCUUAAGAACUAUAGAAACUUCUAUAGAAUUGUAUGCAUUGGUUAGAAAUUUCAAAGUGGUUUAAUAAAGCUGGUCAUGGUCGGGCUAGGCCCUUUGACAAGAAUUGGGCAGGGUCAGAAACCUUGCUGUCCCUUUUCUAAAAACAAUUUAUUUGUCUGCUGGUUGCAGAAAAUAUUACCUCAUUAAUGAAUCACAGCUGUGAAUGUCCACAUUGUGAUACUUUUUCUUUCCUGCAGCUAUUAAGCGCUCAGAAGCGAGAAAGUUCUUGGAUCUUCCAAUAGCGCCCGCCCCUAAAUCUUCUCCUCAUACAUCCACCUCACAGUCCCAAUCCGAGUCUUCCUCAGAUUCAAGUUAUAAGGCCUCAGGAACACAUUUCUCAUUGCAGUUAUUUAGAGUUAUGAUAUUUUGUCAUUUAGAGGGAGUAUGUUAGACGAUAAGGUCAGACAGAUGUAAUAGAAGACCUCACACGCAAUGUGUUAUGGGAAUCCAUUCAAGUGAACGUAUGUAAUUGAAGCCGUAUUCUAUAAGGGAAGGUAGAAAUGCGCAUGUAAACUGUGUACCUACUAAAAGGCUCCAAUCUAUUGUAUAAUAUUAUCGAGAUUACAGCAUGAAUCGGAUCCUUGCUCUAACACGAUGUCAUGAAAAUGAAGUAUGUAUAUUUGCUAUAUUAAAGAUAUUCCA